GUCCGAGCGGGCCUGGGUCUAUCAGGUUUGUAUCCGUCGGGAUGCGUGAGGAUUUUAGCAGGAAAACACCUCAAAUUUCUCCUUUUUUCCUGCCAAAUUUCCCAUUUACCCCAUCAUGAUCAAACAAAUAGACGAUCUAGACAAUUCAGAAGGAUGGGUUCCGUUUUUCCACAAGCUUAAUUGGCAAUCAAGGGAAAAUGCUGGAAAAGUGGCAGCAGCUAAACUACCUGCUAACCGUCCUUUGAAUCGUUACAGAGAUGUUUUGCCGUAUGAUCAUAGCCGAAUUAUCUUGGAAUCUACGCAGAAUGGGACGGAUUAUAUCAACGCUAACCUAGUUGAGUUUCCUGAGCUGGGCAAGAGGUACAUUCUCGCCCAAGGGCCCCUCCCACAUACAGCAGACCACUUCUGGCAGAUGGUAUGGGAGAACAACUCUAAAGCUGUGAUAAUGCUGAACAAAGUUAUGGAGAAAAACCAGAUAAAGUGCUUUCAGUAUUGGCCUUGUGGAGAGCGCUAUGCUCACGUAAACUGCUUGGAGCUUGACAGCUUCCAAAUAAAGUACAUCACCGAGAACAGGUCAGAAGAGUUCACUGUCCGCAUCCUGGAACUAGAAAACAAGAAGACAAAAGAGACCCGUGUUGUGUACCACUAUCACUACCUGACAUGGCCUGAUUUUGGAGUGCCGAAGGCUCCAGGAUAUUUCUUAUCCUUCUUGUUUGAAUGCCGAAAUGCUGGAGUACUCUCAUCUGAUGUAGGCCCUGCUGUUAUACAUUGCAGUGCUGGGAUUGGCAGAUCGGGGACCUUUGUUAUGAUUGAUUCCAUCUUAGCAGAGGUGGAAGCUACUGGAAACCUGAAUGCUGUAGACCUAGGGGAAAGGCUCCUUGCCGCUCGUCAGUACAGAGUUGGACUGAUUCAAACCCCAGACCAGCUGCGCUUCACCUCUAUCGCCAUCCUUGAGGGGACCUUGGCCCUGUUCCCAGAUAUAUACCAAAUUGCCUUUGACGAGUUCAUGGCACAAAAAGAAAGGGAAUUUGCUAUGCAAAGUGGAUCUGUAGAAGAAGAACCUCAUGAAGAUGAGGAAUCCCCACCCUUGCCGCCUCGUCGUAAACCCAAGGAAGAGAACACUAGCAAUACAGCCCCUUCUUGUCAGGAGCCUGAGGAAGGGGAGACUUAUGAUACAGCCCAACCUCGGCCUAGGCAUGAGGAAGAGGAUACUAGUGAUAUAAAAGUCCCAUCCCGUCUUAAACAAGAAGUGGAAGCUAGUGAUACUACUGUACCACCUCGUCGUAAGCAUGAGGAAGAUGGGGCGGGUGAUACUAUAGUGCCAGAGAAGAAACCCUGCAAAAGCCUGUCUGAUCUUCCAGAUGAAAGGGAAAACAGUGGCACAAUGCUUACCCAGUACUCCCUCACUGAUGCUACAACAAGAGGUAAAGAAGCUAAGAAAAAGGGGCUGAUUUCUACUGUUUUUGAAAAGGGAGAGAAGAAGGAAAAGAAGGCAGAGAAAGAGGCUGUCUUAAAGGAAAUAGAUGUAGCCAAAAAGGGAGAUGGUAGAGAGGCAGAGAAAGUGGCUAAGAAUAAAGAAAAUAUUGUGACAAAGAAGGGAGAUGAUAAAGAAUCAGGAAAAGAGGGUUCAAAGGUAGAAAAAGGGCCUGUUAGUGCAGAGAAAUUUGAGGGAGAAGGACUAGAGAAAGAGGUUGAUUUAGAGGAAGACGAGGAAGUGAAGGAAAAUGAUGCAGAGACAGAUGAAGGAGGGGAGAUGGGAGAAGAUGAGGAAGAAGAUUUAGAGGCAGAGGGUAAUGGAGUAGGAGAGGAAGAGUUGAGUGCAACAGAGGAGGCAAAAGGAAUGGAAGAGGCGCUAACUUCACGAGAGAAGGUUGAUAUAGAAGCAAUUGAUGAAGAAAGCAGGGAUAAUAAAGAUGACAAGGCAGGUAAGGGAGAGGAUGUAAAAGCAAGCGAUGAAGAGGCAGGAGAAGAAGAGGAUGUAGAGGCCAAGGAUAAUGGGGAAGAUGGGGCGAGUGAUACUAUAGUGAAAGAGAAGAAACCCUGCAAAAGCCUGUCUGAUCUGCAAGAUGACAGAGAAAACAGUGGCACAAUACUUACCCAGUACUCCCUCAUUGAUGCUACUACAAGAGAUAAAAAAGCUAAGAAAAAGGGGCUGUUUUCUUCUUUUCUCAGAAAGGGUAAGAAGAAGGAUAAGAAGGCAGAGCAAGAGGCUGUCUUAAAGGAAAAAGAUGUAGCCAAAAAGGAAGAUGGUGGAGAGGCAGAGAAAGUGGCUAGGAAUAAAGAAAACAUUGCAACAAAGAAGGAAGGUGAUAAAGAAACAGGAAAAGAGGUUUCAAAGCUAGAGGAAGGGCCUGUUAGUGCAGAAAAAAUAGAGGAAGUAGGACUAGAGAAAGAGGUUGAUUUAGAGGAAGAUGUGGAAAUGAAGGAAAAUGAUGCAGAGACAGAUAAAGGGGGGGAGAUGGGAGAAGAUGGCUUAGAAGAGGAUAUGUAUGAUGGGGACAAAGAAACAGAUGAGAAAGUAAAUUUAGAGGCAGAGACUGAUGAAGUAGAAGGGGAGGAAGAAUUGAGUACAACAGAGGAGGGAGAAGGAAUGGAAGAGGUGCUAGCUGCAGGAGAGAAUGUUGAUAUAAAAACAAUUGAUGAAGAGAGCAUGGAGGAUGAAGAUGACAAGGCAGACGAGGGAGAGGAUUUAGAAGCAAGAGAUGAAGAAGCAGGAGAAGAAGAGGAUGUAGAGGCAGGGUACAGAGAGGAAGAAGCAGAUAUAGAGGAAGGGCAUGGAGAAGAGGCAGGAGAUGAAGACGAUUUAGAGGCAGAGGAUGAUGAGGGAGAAGUAGAUAUAGAGGAAGGUUACAGAGAAGAGACAGGUGAAGAAAAUGAUGAAGAAGUAGGGUCUGAUGAAGAAGGAGAAGUUGACAUUGAGAGAGGGUAUGAAGAAGAGACAGGGGAAGAAAAUGAUGAAGAAGCAGGGUACGACGAGGAAGAAGAAGUUGAUAUUAAGAGAUGGUAUGGAGAAGAGACAGGGGAAGAAAAUGGUGUAGAAGCAGGGUAUCAUAAGGAUGAAGAAGUAGAUGUAGAGGCAGGGUACGGAGAAGAGACAGGGGAAGAAAAUGAUAAAGAAGCAGGGUACAAUGAGGAAGAAGAAGUUGAUAUCAAGAGAGGGUAUGAAGAAGAGACAGGGGAAGAAAAUGAUGAAGAAGCAGGGUACGACGAGGAAGAAGAAGUUGAUAUUAAGAGAUGGUAUGGAGAAGAGACAGGGGAAGAAAAUGGUGUAGAAGCAGGGUAUCAUAAGGAUGAAGAAGUAGAUGUAGAGGCAGGGUACGGAGAAGAGUCAGGGGAAGAAAAUGAUGUAGAAGUGAUGGAAAAAAAUGCAGAGAAGGAAGGUUUAGAAAAAACCCAGGCAUAUGAUGAAGAAAUUGAAGAGGAAGAACACAGAGUAGAUUCGUCUUCCAAAAGGACAACCCCAGGCUCAGAUGACGAUGGUCUAUCAUCAGAGGGGAGUGGUGAGGAUGAGAUCAUCAACUUGUCAGCUUCCUCCUCAGAUGAGGACGAAAUUGGAGAGGAUGGUGAUUCAGAAAAUGAGGAAGAAGUGGUAGAGAAGGUCGACAUGUUGGGGGCAGGGGAGGAAGAAGCUGAUAAAAGGAGAACCUUAUCUCCAGACAAGGAUGUAGGGAUUGGAAGCUUGUGUGACAGUACAUCAUUAGUAUCCUCUUUAUUAGAUGGAGACACAGCUCUAGGUAGUGUGAUAUCCAAGACAGAGGGAGAUCCCACUUGUACGGACUCACGCCCAGACUCAGGCAUCCAAGAGGACUCAAAUAGCCUACUUGAAGGAGAAAAAAUAGAUAGACUUUACAGGGAAACACAGGUUUCUUCUUCAGGAACAAAAACUGAUAACAUGGAGGCACAUGGUAGUGACGAUGGUACUGCUGCAAAGACAGAGUCUCACAUUAGAUUGUCUUGCAGUCUGAAGAGAAUGUGGUCUCUAAAGAAGACCUUCAGCAAAAAGAAGAGGACCAAAAAGAGGCGGCUCUAAGAAAGCGGAAAUGGAAGGAAAAAAACGAAAAGACAGCAGAGAUAGUCAGUAAAAUCAAGGACAAUGUCAAACGCCAGGAAGAUUGGCAAACUGGUUAUGGUCCAAUUGUGAAGAAAGUUCUUAUUGUUUUAGGUGUGUGUGUGGUAGCCUUCAUAGCUUAUAAAGUGUUCAGCCGAUAUAUCAGCUCAACACCAAAAGUUCGGCCACCAAAGUUAAGGAAGAGACAGUAAGGCCUGUACAUACAAACUUGGCAGAGAUAUCAUGGUAAUGGAUCCCACCAAUAAGCUCAUGCAAGUAGAAGCAACCAGAAGAGGGGGCGUUAACAUUGUACAAUCUUUUUUUUCUAAAGGACUUAAAUAAAUAAAUUUUAAUAACCAUCUUGUUAUCACCAUGUUAGAUUCUUGAUGACUCCAUUUGUUCAUACAUGAUUAAAAACUUUUAAGAAAUUUAAAAAAAAACACUGUAAAGAAAUGUAUUCUUAAGAUGAUCCUAUAUUUAAGAUAGCAAUAUAUAUUUUUUUGUAAAAGAUCAGGGGCGGAUCGAGAAGUUUUAAAAAAGGAGUUCUGAAGCAAAAAUUUCAAAAAUGGGGUGGCAGGCUUAUUGUUCUUUCAUAUAUUUCCUUAAAUUUCUUGUUAUACUUAAGCCAAAUGUCUGAAAAUAGGGGGGGGGGGGCCGGGGGCCCCCAGAUCCGCCCCUGAAGAUUGCCUUGAUACACCAAAAUCUUGAUGGCUAGAAACAUGAUAGUACAAAGAAGAAUCAAGAUUUUGUGAAAUCAUCAGUGGGGACCUAGGGCGUCACGGAGAUCCGGCACGCAGGGAGUGCUCUUUCUUUCUCGCGUGCUCCCUGCGAUGCCCUGAGUCACGAGGAUGUUGUGAAAGAGAACUCCAUUCCUUUUUUAAUUCUUUAAUUGUUGAGUUUGGCAAGAUUACAGACAAAUUGAUCCAAAGAUCAUUGAUAAAAGAAUAGCUGAUCUGAUUAAAUUUCAUUUGUUGUGAUGAAAUUUGAAUUCUCAGAAUUCUUUCCAUAUAAUAAUACUGCUGUUGUUUAACGAUUUAAUAUCUUUUGCUUGUGAAUUGUUAGAUUCUUUUCAUUUUUCAAUACUUUUAUAUACAUUUGAAUUGAUCUAAUAAAAUAUAAUUUUCUAUUUUGCAAA